AUGCGGGGCUCGGGGCCCCGGAGUGCGGGACGCCGGCGGCCCCCGGGCGGCGGCGACGACCUCCCCAGCACCCCCGCGUCUCUGGCCGGCUGCUACUCCGCACCUCGCAGGGCUCCCCUCUGGACUUGCCUUCUCCUGUGCGCCGCGCUCCGGACCCUCCUGGCCAGCCCCAGCAACGAAGUGAAUUUGUUGGAUUCACGGACUGUCAUGGGGGACUUGGGAUGGAUUGCUUUUCCAAAAAAUGGGUGGGAAGAGAUUGGUGAAGUUGAUGAAAAUUAUGCCCCUAUCCACACAUACCAAGUAUGCAAAGUUAUGGAACAGAAUCAAAAUAACUGGCUUUUGACCAGUUGGAUCUCCAACGAAGGUGCUUCCAGAAUCUUCAUAGAACUCAAGUUUACUCUGCGGGACUGCAACAGUCUUCCUGGAGGGCUGGGGACCUGUAAGGAAACUUUUAACAUGUAUUACUUUGAGUCAGAUGAGAAUGGGAGAAACAUCAAGGAAAACCAGUACAUCAAAAUUGAUACCAUUGCUGCCGAUGAAAGCUUUACAGAACUUGAUCUUGGUGACCGUGUCAUGAAACUGAAUACAGAGGUCAGAGAUGUAGGCCCUCUAAGCAAAAAGGGAUUUUAUCUCGCUUUUCAAGAUGUCGGUGCUUGCAUCGCUCUCGUUUCUGUUCGUGUAUACUAUAAAAAAUGCCCUUCUGUGGUACGACACUUGGCUGUCUUCCCUGACACAAUCACUGGAGCUGAUUCUUCACAGUUGCUUGAAGUGUCGGGCUCCUGUGUCAACCAUUCUGUGACAGAUGAACCACCCAAAAUGCACUGCAGCGCUGAAGGGGAGUGGCUGGUGCCCAUCGGGAAAUGCACGUGCAAGGCAGGAUAUGAAGAGAAAAACGGCACCUGUCAAGUGUGCAGACCUGGGUUCUUCAAAGCCUCACCUCACAGCCAGAGCUGCAGCAAAUGUCCACCUCACAGUUAUACCCAUGAGGAAGCUUCAACCUCUUGUGUCUGUGAAAAGGAUUAUUUCAGGAGGGAGUCUGAUCCACCCACAAUGGCAUGCACAAGACCCCCCUCAGCUCCUCGGAAUGCCAUCUCAAAUGUUAAUGAAACUAGUGUCUUUCUGGAAUGGAUUCCUCCUGCUGACACUGGUGGAAGGAAAGAUGUGUCAUAUUAUAUUGCAUGCAAGAAGUGCAACUCACAUGCAGGUGUGUGUGACGAGUGUGGCGGUCAUGUCAGGUACCUCCCCCAGCAAAUCGGCCUGAAAAACACCUCUGUCAUGAUGGUGGAUCUGCUUGCUCACACAAACUAUACCUUUGAGAUUGAGGCAGUGAAUGGAGUGUCCGACUUGAGCCCAGGAGCCCGGCAGUAUGUGUCUGUAAAUGUAACCACAAAUCAAGCAGCUCCCUCUCCAGUCACCAAUGUGAAAAAGGGGAAAAUUGCAAAAAACAGCAUCUCUUUGUCUUGGCAAGAGCCAGAUCGCCCCAAUGGAAUCAUCCUGGAGUAUGAAAUCAAAUAUUUUGAAAAGGACCAAGAGACCAGCUAUACAAUUAUCAAAUCUAAAGAGACAACUAUAACUGCAGAGGGCUUGAAACCAGCCUCAGUAUAUGUCUUCCAAAUUCGAGCACGCACAGCAGCAGGCUAUGGUGUCUUCAGUCGAAGAUUUGAGUUUGAAACCAUCCCAGUGUCAGUUGCAGCAUCCAGCGAUCAAAGCCAGAUUCCUAUAAUUGCUGUGUCUGUGACAGUGGGAGUCAUUUUGUUGGCAGUGGUUAUUGGCUUCCUCCUCAGUGGAAGUUGCUGCGAUUGUGGCUGUGGAAGGGCUUCUUCCCUGUGCGCUGUUGCCCAUCCAAGCCUAAUAUGGCGGUGUGGUUACAGCAAAGCAAAACAAGAUCCAGAAGAGGAAAAGAUGCAUUUUCAUAAUGGGCACAUUAAACUGCCAGGAGUAAGAACUUAUAUUGAUCCACACACCUAUGAGGAUCCCAAUCAAGCUGUCCAUGAAUUUGCCAAGGAGAUAGAAGCUUCAUGCAUCACCAUUGAAAGAGUUAUUGGAGCGGGUGAAUUUGGUGAAGUUUGUAGUGGACGUUUGAAACUUCCAGGAAAAAGAGAAUUACCGGUGGCAAUUAAAACCCUUAAAGUAGGCUAUACUGAAAAGCAACGCAGAGAUUUCCUGGGUGAAGCAAGUAUCAUGGGGCAGUUUGACCAUCCUAACAUCAUUCACUUAGAAGGUGUUGUGACCAAAAUUACACAUACAGGUAAACCAGUGAUGAUAGUGACAGAGUAUAUGGAAAAUGGCUCUUUAGAUACAUUUUUAAAGAAAAAUGAUGGGCAGUUCACUGUGAUCCAGCUUGUUGGUAUGCUGAGAGGAAUCGCUGCAGGAAUGAAGUACCUUUCUGACAUGGGCUACGUGCAUAGAGACCUUGCUGCCAGAAACAUCUUAAUAAAUAGUAACCUUGUGUGCAAAGUGUCUGACUUUGGGCUUUCCAGGGUACUGGAAGAUGAUCCUGAGGCAGCCUACACCACUAGGGGAGGAAAAAUUCCAAUCAGAUGGACUGCCCCAGAAGCUAUCGCUUUCCGAAAGUUUACCUCUGCCAGUGAUGUCUGGAGCUAUGGGAUCGUGAUGUGGGAGGUUGUGUCUUAUGGAGAGAGACCCUACUGGGAGAUGACCAACCAAGAUGUGAUUAAAGCUGUAGAGGAAGGCUACCGUCUGCCAAGCCCCAUGGACUGUCCUGCUGCUCUCUACCAAUUAAUGCUGGAUUGCUGGCAGAAAGACCGAAAUAGCAGGCCCAAGUUUGAUGAAAUCGUCAACAUGUUGGACAAGCUGAUACGUAACCCAAGUAGCUUGAAGACGCUGGUUAAUGCAUCGAGCAGAGUACCUAAUUUGUUAGCAGAACAUGGCUCACUGGGGUCUGGGGCCUACAGAUCAGUAGGUGAAUGGCUAGAAGCAAUCAAAAUGGGCCGAUAUACAGAGAUUUUCAUGGAAAAUGGAUACAGUUCAAUGGACGCUGUGGCUCAGGUGACCUUGGAGGAUUUGAGACGGCUUGGAGUGACUCUUGUUGGUCACCAGAAGAAGAUUAUGAACAGCCUUCAAGAAAUGAAGGUGCAGCUGGUCAACGGGAUGGUGCCAUUGUAA